AUGGCAGACACCACGAUUUCCAACGACGCCGACGCCGCCGCCCAGCGAGCCGCCGAGCAGGCGCGGCUUCGCAAGGAGCGCAGAGAAGCAAAGAUUAAAGCUGGAGGGUCGGCGAGGCUGGAGAGAAUCACCGGCGUUGGCGGUCGUGUUGUUGGAGACUCAGACUCGCCAGCCCCAUCCGCUCCGGCCACGUUAUCAAAGGCAACAUCAAGCGAGCACGCGGAUCCCGCCGAGAUCGACAUCUCAGAGCACUUCUUCGUCCCGAAAAAGACAUCUUCCCGCAAGCCUCUCGAUGGCGUCUUCUCCCCCAGUCCCGAGCCGUCGCUCUCUGAGGACCAGCUGCGCCAGAUGAUGCUCGGUCUCGAUCGUCCCGAACAAGCUGGCCCUGGAGUUGGCGCGACGGGCCCAGGUCUACCACCCGGCAUGGAACUACCACCUGGAAUGGAGGACGAUCCCAUCAUGAAGAUGAUGUCCCAGAUGAUGUCCGCGGGAUCGAUACCAGGCUUCGGUGGCGCAGACGGAGCUUCCAACCCAUUCGCCAACAUGAACCUCCCACAGCAGCAAGCUGCAGUUCAGCUACCCAAAGCUUCGUCCCUGUCUUUCUGGCGCCUCAUUCACGCCCUGGUCGCCCUUGGUCUAGGUCUCUUCUUCGUCCUCACGACAAACUUCACCGGAAGCAAAGUCGAGCGCGAGCGCCACGCCCUGGCAUUCGAUCAAGAGGUGGACGAAGAGACGGAGAGGCGGAAGAACCUCUUCUUCUGGGCGUUUGCUACAGCCGAGGUCUUGCUGCUGUCGACGAGGUUCUUCCUCGAUAAGAGGAGUACCAACGCUACGGGAUUUGUUGCGACGGCUAUUUCGUACUUGCCGCAGCCGUACCGCGGCUACAUUGAGGUUGGACAGCGAUAUUUUCAAAUCUUCUCCGCUGUGAGGACCGACAUUUUGACGUGUGUCUUUGUGCUUGGAGUUGUGUCAUGGCUAGUGUAA